UAUUCUGGAAUAAGUGGAAAUUUUAUGGGGUUAAUAGACAAAAUUUAUUCCUCCUGAAUUAUAAUUACGCGCCUUAAUAAGUGUGUCAACAAUUGGGGACGUCAGAGUACCGAUUUAUUUAAUCGGGUUGUGAUUUCAAUUGGCAGGAUGGGACUAAAUGAUUUGAUUUACUGGUACCAGAAAAAAAUAGGCACUUACGAUAAGCAACAAUGGGAAAAAACUGUGGAGCAGAGAAUAUUCGGUGGCUUUAACAACGUUCCGAUGCGCACCGCAAAAUUGAAAACAGAAUUUAUUGACGUGGAUCUUGUUCGAGGCUCUUCGUUUCCCAAGGCAAAACCCAAGCAUGGAUUGAUUACGGUCACAUGGCUGGCGAUUAAGAGACUUGUACUUUUGCCAUUCUAUCGGAAUUGGUGGACACAGCAGACAAGUGGCAGAAUAUUUUGUUUAUUCUUAUUGCUCUACAGCCUGCAGAUAAUUAAUGUUUUUAUUUAUACAAAAGCUGGCAACUCCACUGAAUCUGAUAUAGUAUCGAUGAGUGAAAUACUUGUGCCAGCGGCGAUGAUGUUCGUUCUGUGUACUGUUCACUCGCAAAUUGUUUCCACAAAUUCAGGACCCACAAUAGUCAAUGGACACAAUAGGUCGAGAAUUAGAAGAUCGAGACAUGAGAGAAGUCGAUCGGGCAAGUUAAGGACGAGGAGAACUAGUAAAGGGAAAAAUUCGGCGGAGAAUGUUGGAGAAAAUAUUGGAAAAUCUUUUACAGGAAUUCCUUCGGUUACGUUCGCCGAGAAAGUUCGUAUUGUUGCAUCAGUAGCAUCACGAAGACCGUCUGGGGGUCAUCAGUCGGAACCAACAGUAUCCAUUCGCCGUUCUUCUUCAAACGAUAACAUUGUUGAGAGAAGCAUUCCAUCGUCUUCCAGAGUGCUUGAGCCAGCGAUUAAUCAGCUGCAAGAACCACCAAAUCCCGACGUCAAUGUGAAUGUGGGAAAUGUUGACACAAUCCAUCUGGAUGAUGAUGGCUUCGAGAGCCUCAAUGGAAACGUCUCUAGUGAUAACGAUCGGGCAACAGUAAGACUGUUAAUAAGUGCAGAAGAUGAGGGUCACAAAAAAAAUGAAAACGGGUCGGAGAGUAGUGAUGAGCGCGUAAUAAAUGCCGGAGAAAUUCGCAAACAAAAUGAUAUGAAUGUGGAUAAGAGUAAGGAGAGUAAUGGCCAGUCAACGGAGAAAAAUGAUUUAGGAAAAUUGACAAAAGAGUACCAGUGCGACAGUGAGGAGGAGGGUGAGUGCGAGGAGGCAGGUACCAACCAAUUGACUGAGGCAACAACUUCUGCUACCGAGUGGAUGGGUGUUACCACAAAUAGUGAUGAGUGCAGCUAUAGCUCCGAUCUUGACGAGUCCGAGCCCCACAGUGAUAAUAAUUUUGCAUAUGGUGAAUUUAUCGAGCAUCCAUUCUCUUGGGAAUUGGAGCUGCCACCAUCUAUUUUGCUGAGCUCCUCCUGUACCUCUUCUGAUAGGGUCUCUUGUACAUUAUGGACACGACGAGAUAUAAAGAAAGCAGAACUCUCUGUUUUGGACAUAAGCUCUGCGAUAAUUGCACGAGCUGAAUCUAUGCCAGAGAGUAUGGAUUAUUUUUAUGGUGGACUUGUUCUUUCGGUUGUCCUCGCUAUUAUUCCCUCCAUAAGGAGACUAAACGACUACUUUAGCUCAGAUUCUACGAAUAAUUCGACUGGAAUAUAUGUAAAUGAUCUCGCGUACGCUGACUUCAGGACUUAUAGUGAUUUCAUGUGCAGAGUUAUUGAUGUGGCGUUUGGAAACAUUCUGUGGGAAAGAGCGGUAGUUGUAAUUCUCUCAUUCGAGAGAUUAAUCCUUUCCUGCCUUCUAUUUUUCCUUCUCGCAGUUGCUGAGAGAACUUUCAAGCAGAGACUCCUUUACGCAAAGCUCUUUUCACACUUGACAUCAUCCAGACGAGCAAGAAAAUCGGAUUUGCCGCAUUUUAGGCUGAAUAAAGUUAGAAAUAUCAAGACUUGGUUGAGUGUGAGGUCCUAUUUGAAGAGGAGAGGCCCUCAGAGGUCAGUCGAUGUCAUCGUAUCUGCAGCGUUUAUUGUUACUCUGCUGUUGCUCUCAUUUGUGAGCUUAGAGCUUAUCAAAAAUCUAGAGAGUCUACACUCGCGAUCGAACAUAGAAGCUCUUAUAUGGAGCUUUGUCCUUGGUAUCUACCUCUUGAGAUUCAUGACACUUGGAACAAAGAUUAAUAAAAAAUAUCGUAAUCUCUCCGUGCUCAUCACCGAACAGAUAAAUCUUUAUUUACAAAUAGAACAAAAACCCCAUAAGAAAGAAGAGCUCACAGUAGCAAAUAGUGUACUAAAGUUGGCAGCCGAUUUAAUCAAGGAAUUGGAGAGUCCCUUCAAAAUCUCAGGUCUUUCCGCAAAUCCCUACGUAUACACUAUAACUAAAGUUGUGCUUCUCUCGGCCCUAUCAGGGGUUCUCUCAGAACUCUUAGGAUUCAAACUCAAACUCCACAAGAUAUCAAUCAAAUAGUGAUAUACGUUAACAAGUACAAUUGAUGAAACCAAUCGAUUCCAGCACAACAUAAUUGUUGAUUAUGAAAUUAUCUCUGAAAUGAGUGGAUUUAUAAUGAGCCGUGAAAAAAUUUUUUUCUACGACUAGGACAAUUUGUCAAUAUCAUUCAUUUGAAAAAUACUUCCAAAGGUGAUAAACAAACAUAAGGUACCGAAAAAAAACAUAAGAUCUUAUUUGACAAAAUCUCUAAUUCCAAACUCUAUAAAUAAUUUAUGAGUGAUGGGAUAAUAUAAUUUUUUUUUAAUAAAUUCAGUCCUCAUAGAUAUAUUAUGACUUUUAUCGAGGAAAAAUAGGUUUUACUGUAGAUUUUUCGAUUGUACAUUUUUUAGACUGCCUAAUUUAGCUACUGAUAUGAAAGUGUCAAUACUUGACCUCAGAUUGUGAUUUAAAUAUUCUUCAAUAGCCUAUUCCGUACUGUUCGUUUUGCCAAAUAAUGGCCACAUCUGACAAACAUAGUGAAUUCCAAUGGAAAGUAUAAAAUGUGUACAAACUAACGUAUGUUUUGCAUUUGAUUAUUAUUUUUGAAUUAUUUUUGGCAAGAAAAGGGUAAUGAAACAGCAAUUAUAUGUUCACUUGUCCUCAAUUGAACUCGAAGGAUCUCUAUUGCGUCCCAUCUAUUUCGAAUUUCUCUCGAAAAACAUCUUAUCGUUAAAUCAAUGGUUGUAAAUGAAAUAAUGUAUAUUAAGCUAGCAGGUGUUUUACAAGUAUUUAAUCACGUUUUAUGCCAUCUCGUGCACAGGAGCACAUGAUAAUGUAUUCUCGCAUUUCCGAGUGAUAUCCUUAUGACUGCGGCUAUCCAUUUUCAAAUGACACAGAGCAUAGUGUAUUCAAUUCGCGGUUAUUAGAUACGGUUCAGAUGCGUUCACAUUCAAACACGCGUUCCGAUCAUCUACAAUUUCACCUUGGGCAUGAGUGUUAUGUAAAAGUCCUCAUAACGUAACGAUGUAUAAAUGAAAAAAUUUCAUUUGAUCAAUUUUGUGAAUAAAUAAAAAAAUAAUUCUUGGAUGA